AUGGUGGAUGUGCUCAGCAUCCUGCGACAGUACAACAUCCAGAAGAAGGAGAUUGUGGUCAGGGGGGAUGAAGUGACCUUCGGGGAGUUCUCCUGGCCCAAGAAUGUGAAGACCAACUAUGUAGUUUGGGGGACCGGAAAGGAAGGCCAACCCAGAGAGUACUACACAUUGGCUUCUAUCUUAUUUCUCCUUAAUAAUGUACACCUUUCACAUCCUGUCUAUGUCCGGCGUGCAGCUACUGAAAAUAUUCCUGUGGUUAGAAGACCUGACAGAAAAGAUCUACUUGGCUAUCUCAAUGGGGAAGCAUCAACAUCAGCAAGCAUAGACAGGAGUGCCCCCUUGGAAAUUGGUUUUUAUUGGUCUAGUCAAGUCAAAAGAGCUGCAGAUGAAGUUUCAGCAGAAGCAAAGAAACCACGAAUUGAGGAUGAAGAGUGUGUGCGCCUUGAUAAAGAGAGAUUGGCAGCUCGUUUGGAAAGCCACAAAGAAGGGAUCGUGCAGACUGAACAGAUUAGGUCUCUGUCUGAAGCCAUGUCAGUGGAAAAAAUUGCUGCAAUCAAAGCCAAAAUUAUGGCUAAGAAAAGAUCUACUAUCAAGACCGAUCUAGAUGAUGAUCUAACUGCCCUUAAGCAGAGGAGUUUUGUGGAUGCUGAAGUAGAUGUGACCCGAGAUAUUGUCAGCAGAGAGAGAGUGUGGCGGACAAGAACAACUAUUUUACAAAGCACAGGAAUGGAUUUUUCAAAGAAUAUUUUUGCAAUUCUUCAGUCUGUAAAAGCCAGAGAAGAAGGGCAUGUCCCUGAACAACGGUCUGCUCCCAAGGCAACCCCUGCUGAUCCUACAUUGCGUCCAAAACAGCCUAUUCCUGCUGCUUACAACAGAUAUGACCAAGAAAGAUUCAAAGGCAAAGAAGAAACAGAAGGCUUUAAGAUCGAUACCAUGGGCACCUACCAUGGCUUGACACUGAAAUCUGUAACAGAAGAUGCAUCUGCCUGUAAGACUCAAAUUCCUGCAUUCCAGUCUGUACCUAGACUAAUGUUUCAAGCAAGACACCUCUCAAAUCAGAAGAAAGGGUCACGAACACCCAUUAUUAUUAUUCCUGCAGCUACCACUUCUUUAAUAACUAUGCUUAAUGCAAAAGACCUCCUACAGGAUCUGAAAUUUGUCCCAUCAGAAGAGAAGAAGAAACAGAAUUGUCAACGAGAAAAUGAAACACUAAUACAGAGAAGAAAAGACCAGAUGCAACCUGGGGGCAAAGUAAUUAGUGUCACAGUACCUUACAGAGUAGUAGACCAGCCCCUGAAAAUUAAGCCUCAAGACUGGGAUCGAAUUGUGGCUGUUUUUGUACAAGGUCCUGCUUGGCAGUUCAAAGGUUGGCCAUGGCUUCUCCCUGAUGGAUCACCAGUUGACAUAUUUGCGAAAAUUAAAGCCUUCCAUCUCAAGUAUGAUGAAGUUCGUUUAGAUCCAAAUGUUCAAAAAUGGGACGUAACAGUAUUAGAACUCAGCUAUCAUAAACGCCAUUUGGAUAGACCAGUUUUCUUACGUUUCUGGGAAACACUGGAUAGAUUUAUGGCAAAGCAUAAAUGCUACUUGAGAUUCUGA